UAGGCGUGAGCUGUUAUUGAGUUGUCUCUCUUUCAUUUAUAUUCCUCACUCUCUCUCUCUCUCUCUCUCUCUAUUUCGGACACAGAAACACAAAGCUCCUCUCCCCUCUUCUUACAACAAGGCUAUAUCCCUCACAUUUCCCCGUUUUGCCCUUCCUCGCACUUCGAAUUUUCAUCCCUCUGCCAUUCUUCUCAGAUCUGGAAUCUGGUGUGAUGAGAUGAGGAAGAUGGCCCAGAACACCAUACCUCAUCCUCCUCCACCUCUCCGUCUCCUUCUCAUCCUCAUCUCCUUGGCGGGCCUCUCUCAUUCUCUCUCCGUCACCUCCCAUGGCCGUCUCUCCGACCACGAAGUUAAAGUCAUCCGACACCGACAGCUCCUGUACUACCGCGACGAGUUCGGCGACCGUGGUGAGAAUGUCACAGUCGACCCUUCUCUCGUCUUCGAAAACCCUAGGCUCCGAAGUGCCUACGUAGCUCUCCAAGCUUGGAAACAGGCCAUUCUCUCUGAUCCUUUCAAUUUUACCGAGACCUGGGUCGGAUCCAAUGUCUGCAACUACACCGGAGUUUUCUGCGCUCCGGCUCCUGACAACCCCCAGAUCCGUACCGUCGCCGGUAUCGAUCUCAACCACGCCGACAUCGCUGGGUACUUGCCUGAAGAGCUUGGCUUGUUGACAGAUCUGGCUUUGUUCCACAUCAACUCGAACCGGUUCUGCGGUACCGUACCGCAUCGGUUCAGUCAGCUCAAGCUUCUCUUCGAGCUCGAUCUCAGCAAUAACAGAUUCGCCGGAAAGUUCCCGACGGUGGUCCUCCAGUUGCCGUCGUUGAAGUUCUUGGAUCUAAGGUUCAACGAGUUCGAAGGGACUGUUCCCAAGGAGCUCUUCAGCAAAGAUCUCGACGCCAUUUUCAUCAACCACAACAGGUUCCAGUUCGAGUUGCCGGAAAAUUUCGGAAACUCUCCUGUCUCUGUCAUUGUUCUUGCUAACAAUCGUUUCCAUGGCUGUAUUCCGGCGAGUUUGAGCAACAUGAAGAACCUCAACGAGAUCAUCUUCAUGAACAAUGGGUUCAAAUCUUGUCUACCGACCGAUAUUGGAAGGCUGAGAAACGUCACAGUCUUCGACGUCAGCUUCAACGAGAUCGUGGGCCCGUUGCCGGAAGCUGUCGGAAGGAUGGUUGCGCUGGAGCAGCUCAAUGUGGCGCAUAAUAAACUCUCCGGCAAGAUUCCGGCGAGUAUCUGUCAGCUCCCGAAGCUUGAGAACUUCACAUUCAGCUACAACUAUUUCACCGGAGAACCGCCGGUCUGUCUUCCUAAAUCAUAGGGUUUUGAGAGAAACUGUUUGCCGGCGAGACCCGCUCAGCGGUCGCCGGGACAAUGUGCGGCAUUCUUGUCUCGUCCACCGGUGGAUUGUGGCUCGUUCAAGUGUGGCGGCGGCGGCGGCGGUUCUGUUACUCCUCGUCCAAGUCCUCCGGUGGCUCACCCAUUGCCGCCACCUCCUCCGCCGUUACCUUCACCGUCACCUUCACCGCCGUCUCCAAUUGUUCAAUCUUCACCUCCUCCACCGCCGCCUGCGGUUUAUUCUCCACCGUCGUCUCUAUCUCCUCCGCCGCCGGUCUACCCUCCUCCAACCCCAGUGUACUCUCCCCCACCGCCGCCGCCAUCACCUCCUCCACCGGUGUACUCUCCCCCGCCGCCGCCGCCAUCACCUCCUCCACCGGUAUACUUCCCUCCGCCGCCACCUCCGGUAUACUCUCCACCUCCUCCGCCCGUAUACUCGACUCCACCUCCUUCGCCAUCAUCUCCCUCACCGAGUCCAAUUUACUGCACCCGCCCACCGCCUCCUCCGCCACCGCACUCACCGCCUCCGCCGUCGCCUCAUUUCUCUCCACCACCGCCGGUGCCUUACUAUUACAGCUCGCCACCGCCGCCCCGUCACUAUUCACCUCCACCACCGCAUUCUCCGCCGCCUCCGCCACCAGUAUAUCCAUACUUAUCCCCGCCGCCACCACCGCCGCCGGUAUAUUCCCCUCCACCCCCACAACCUUGUAUAGAGCCACCGCCACCUCCACCUCCGCCGUGCGUUGAGUACUCACCUCCUCCACCACCGGUCAUCUACAAGCCUCCACCUUCACCGUCACCCCCGCCGGUAUACCACUACAACUCUCCGCCGCCUCCGGCGGUCCACCACAGCCCACCUCCGCCUCCGGUGGUCCACCACAGCCCGCCACCGCCGCCUGUAUAUGAAGGACCGUUACCGCCGGUUAUCGGAGUGUCAUACGCUUCCCCUCCACCACCGCCAUUCUACUGAUUCUUUUAGAAAUUUUUAUCGUUCGGAUGAAAAACAACCCAGAAAUCAGGCAUUCAAGUGGUGUCGUCCCGACAACCUUAUCAGAUUGAACUGGGUAUAAAAAGACGGCGUUGUUCAUCACAUUCUUGCUGAGAGGUACGUACGCAGAGAAUUUUUCUCUAAAAAUGGUGAAAAUAAAGGUCUAAAAAUGGUGGAAAACUUGUAUGUAUAGAGAGAGAGAGAGAUCAUAUGAUAAAAAGAGGAGCAAACAUCUUUUGCUCACUAUCUUCGAUUAAUUUUAUUGAAUUUCUUCACUUCCAUUGUUGUUUAAAUUCUAUUUUUUUUUCCUUUGGAUUUGCUAAUAUCGUUAGUGUAACUCAAUUCACAUUUUUAUUUUGAUUUGUUUUUAUGGGAUUGGUGUAAUGAUCUUAUUAGAAGACAUAUAAUCUGCUUGGCUUUCUACUGGUUUGAUUUAAUUACAAAAUGAUUUAAGA